UCAGAAAAUGGGAUACACUAUCACCACCUGCUGCACCAUCUUUCUCCUCUAUGCAUUCGCGGUUCUUCGCUCCCUCCAAGCUGAGCCAACUCGGCCUCCGUUCUCAUGUGACUCAUCCAACGCGUUAACGAGUUCUUAUCCCUUCUGCAACUCCUCGCUGUCCAUUCCCGAGAGGGUGGGGGACCUGGUCUCCAGGCUCACUCUGGAAGAGAAAAUCUCGCAGCUUGUUAACUCGGCAGCUGCAAUCCCCCGCCUCAACAUCUCCGCUCACGAGUGGUGGUCCGAGGCGUUGCACGGCGUUUCCCGCCACGGAAGGGGAAUCCGCUUCAACGGCACCGUCCAUGCCGCCACCAUGUUCCCCCAAACCAUCCUCUCCGCCGCCUCAUUUGACGAACGCCUCUGGUAUCGAAUUGGCCAGGCAAUUGGGAGAGAGGCAAGAGCAAUGUAUAAUGCAGGACAGGCAAUGGGGAUGACAUAUUGGGCACCAAAUAUAAACAUAAUAAGGGAUCCAAGGUGGGGAAGAAGCCAGGAGACAGCAGGGGAAGACCCACCAAUGGUUGGGAAAUAUGGAGUGGCUUAUGUAAGAGGCAUUCAGGGGGAUAGUUUUGAAGGUGGUGCCCUUAAGGAUCAUCAUCUCCAAGCCUCAGCUUGUUGCAAGCACUUCGUCGCCCAAGAUUUAGACAACUGGCAUAAUGUCACACGCUACGUCUUUGAUGCUAAAGUUGGUGAGCAGGAUAUGGCUGAUUCGUUCAUGCCACCGUUUAAGAGAUGUGUAGAAGAAGGGAAAGCCAGCAGUAUAAUGUGUGCUUACAAUCUUGUAAAUGGGGUUCCUAACUGUGCUAAUUAUGAUCUCUUGACCAAGAUGGCUCGCCAACAAUGGGGCUUUCAAGGGUACAUUGUGUCAGAUUGCGAUGCAGUUCAGAUCAUUCAUGAUCAACAAGGAUAUGCUAAAUUGCCAGAAGAUGCAGCAGCCCUUGUGCUCAAAGCUGGCAUGGAUUUGAACUGUGGUUCCUACUUGAGCAAGUACACAAUGUUAGCUGUUGAAAAGAAGAAAGUGCAAGAAUCUGAUAUAGACAGAGCUGUUAACAACCUUUUCUCUGUCAGAAUGAGGCUAGGGUUGUUUGAUGGCGAUCCGAAAGAACUGGAAUAUGGUGACAUCGCUCCAAAGGAAAUCUGCAGUCAGGAGCACCGGGACCUAGCCCUCGAAGCAGUAAGAAAUGGGAUUGUCCUUCUAAAGAACUCGGCAGGCCUCCUCCCACUUUCGAAGACACAAACUGCAUCCCUCGCUGUGAUAGGACCGAGUGCGAAUGCUUCAGAACCGCUCUUGGGUAACUAUGAAGGUUUCCCUUGUAAGAACGUUACGUUUCUACAAGCACUUCAGAGCUAUGUGAGUAACACAAUGUAUCAUCAAGGCUGUGAUUUUGUGAACUGCACCUCUACUGCAACCGAUGAAGCUAUUAAGAUUGCUGAAGUGGCGGAUAACGUUGUGUUAAUCAUGGGACUGGAUCAAACUCAGGAGAGGGAGAAGCUUGACAGGACAGACUUAAUACUCCCCGGAAAACAGGAAUCUCUUAUCUCAGACAUAGCGGAAGUUGCUAAGAAACCAGUCGUUUUGGUGCUUCUGUCUGGAGGGCCUAUUGAUGUAUCAUUUGCAAAAGAAAACCCAAAGAUUGGAAGCAUUUUGUGGAUUGGUUACCCUGGUGAAAUGGGAGGAAUUGCACUAGCAGAGACCAUAUUUGGUGACAACAAUCCAGGAGGGAAAUUACCAUCCACAUGGUAUCCCCAGGAUUUCAUCAAAAUCCCAAUGACAGAUAUGAGAAUGAGGCCCGAAAAUUCCACAGGAUAUCCUGGGCGCACUUACAGAUUCUAUACCGGCCCAAAAGUUUUCGAAUUUGGCUAUGGUCUGAGCUACACUAACCACCUUUACAAGUUCACCUCUGUCACUCAGAACAAUCUACAUUUGACUCAUAAUUUUUCUUCCACACCCAAAAGAUCGGUUUCAGUUUCAGAGAUUCAACCCGAGAUCUGCAGGGUUGCUGCAUUUUCAGUCAAAGUGAGAGUGCAGAAUGAUGGGAAAAUUGCAAGCAAGCACCCGGUGCUGUUAUUCCUCAGGCAAGACAGACAGGGACAACGCGAUCCAAUCAAACAACUGGUUGGGUUUCAAAGUGUGAAGUUGAGUGCAGGGGAAAGUAGUGAAAUUGAAUUUGUAGUGAAUCCUUGUGAGCAUUUCAGCAAGGCUAGUGAAAAUGGUUCAAUGGUGAUUGAAAGAGGCAAGUAUUUUCUUGUUGUGGAAGAUGAGGAAUACCCCAUCAGUGUUGUAACCUGAUUCUCAUCAACUAUGUAUUUUGCAAUGAAAGUUUAAUCCAUACAUUCCAAUA